CAAAUUUCUCUUGAAAGAAAUGACACUUGAAACUCUUUCUUCCAACGAGCUCUUGAACUUCGUUAUCUACGAUACCUUAUCUGCAACUCCAUACAGCAGCAAUGACUCUUUCGUGUCUACUUUCUCAAUGGAAAAUAUUUUCAGUUCCCAAGAUCAAGCUAGCAGUACGGUUCUGAAUUGCUUUCCUAUGGUGGUGAAUACUCCUCCCCCACAAUGCAUCCCCUCGACAGCAACGGAAACUGUCGAGCGGAGGCCGAACUUGGCGGUUCAAGGGAGGAAAAAGCGGAGGAGAAAGCCGAGGGUUUGCAAGAACAAAGAAGAGGCCGAGACUCAGAGAAUGACUCACAUUGCAGUUGAGAGAAACAGGCGGAAGCAAAUGAACGAACAUCUGGUUGUUCUACGCUCCCUCAUGCCUGAAUCUUAUGUCCAAAGGGGUGAUCAAGCAUCCAUAGUUGGUGGUGCCAUAGAGUUUGUGAAGGAGCUUGAGCAUCUUUUGCAAAUCCUUGAAGCUGAAAAGCUUCGGGUACUGCAACAAGUAAGACCAACUGCAACUGCAGCUACUGCUGCCAUUAAAGAAACCAGCAACACCAACUCCAAUCUGCCAUCGCCAUCACCAUUUGAACAAUUUUUCAUGCAUCCUCACACCACCUGGUCUCAGAUCCCUAACAAAUAUGCAUCAACGGCCAAGGCAGCAAAGGCGGAUAUCGAGGUGACGUUGGUCGAAACUCAUGCUAAUCUUCGAAUCCUCUCACGGAAAGGUCCCACGCAACUUUCCAAGCUUGUUGCCGGUUUCCAAUCACUUUACCUUUCCAUCCUCCACCUCAACGUCACCACCAUGGAUCCAUUAGUUCUCUACUCUAUCAGUGCCAAGGUUGAAGAAGGAUGCCAACUCAGUUCAGUAGAUGACAUUGCAAGGGCAGUUCACCACAUGAUCGAAGUAAUUGAGGAAGAUGAAACUGACUUAUGUUGAUCCAUCCAAGUCACCAAAAUACCACCCACUUUUUUUUUCUCGAGUUUCUGGA